UUUACAUCGGAACGAAAAUCAUAUUUGUGUUUUACGGAAACGCCGGUAAAAGGAAGACGAUUGCUAAUUUUUUCUGUCGUCAGCUGGGCUCCCUUUUCUCUUCCAAAUUCGGGAGUGAUAAGAGCACAGGGGCUCACCGCAACAUUGGAAUCCAGAAUCAGCCUUUCACCAGGAUAAUUUCCGGCCGAGGAUGCUUAUCCAUUGAUUGAUAUGUAUCUUCCGCAAGAGAUAAUUGACCUUGUAUGACCUGUACCAGUCCAGCUCUGCGCACCUACCUAAACAAUCGUUUGGCAGAUUAUAUUUUACGUCGAGAUCGACACUUCGCAAUAUUCUUCAAGGACAUCGACUGCUCGCGAAUUUCGGAUAACGAACCAGAAGAACCGGAAGAACUUGGCUCAACUCCGAUUAGUCAACAAAAGCUUCUGUCAUAGUGCCUCAACCCGUCUCUUUCGACACAUUAUAGCCAUGGCCCAUUCAUCGUACGACACCACCCAGUUACCAUCUUUAGGAAGGCUAGUGAACCUGUCCAAAAGCCCAUAUGCCCCAUAUGUGCGUCAAGUCGACAUUGGAUACGAUUCCUUCCCAUGUUCGAUACGGGAGGUUAGCUUAUACACGGAAGACCUUGCCGCCUUGCUGUCUUCAUGCUUGCUUCAAUUUUACAAUCUCAAAGCCCUUGACUUCCGUGGUCCGCCAUUAGCGCUCUUGCCUCAUGAUAAGAUGAAAGCAUCGAUCGACACGAUACUCAUGUCGUUAUGCUAUGUGCCUUUGCCCAACUUGACAGAACUUGAAGUUCAUUUACCAAUGACGAACGAUUUUGCCCCAUUAUUUGCCAAGAAUACCAGCAGAUUGCGGAUACCGAUUGAGCAGACGCUCAGCCGCCUUCAGUAUCUUGGAUUGCACGUCUAUGCGCAGACAAACCAACAAUCCUGUGCGGCUCACUUGUUAAGGAUCGUCGAGCUUUCGACAAACCUGACUUCCCUGUCACUCAGUAGCACCAACUAUUUGAGCAUUGAUCGUCUUGAACUCAGCUCAAUGGUCCUCCUACGGCUUUUGUCCCUGCACAAAGUGAAAGUUUCAUCUCGAAAGCUCGUCAAUAUCAUUGAGAAAUGUAAGGAGUCGAUGCAGUAUAUCGAGCUAAGACAAGUGAAGAUCGAGUCUGGUACAUGGCGUGAGAUUCUAUCUGCAAUUGAUAGUUUGCCCUAUCUAUACGACUUUGAUAUAUCUGUUGGGGAAACUUCCAUAAGAAGCGAGAGGUUUCAUUCAGCUCCGAGUCUGUCCUUUACUGCAGAGACUGUACAAGACGCCCGGCCGUUUGGGAUAGAUCAUUUUGCGUUACACAAUCUCAAAACAAGACUUAAAAUCAAGCGAGCCGUGGCUCGUCAUGUCAACCGCUGAAUUAGGCCCUUGCUUGCAUGGCAU